GUCCUUGCAGUCCGCAUGGGAGACAUGCAGCUUCUCUGCUGGGGAGACAGCUCCAGCGGACAGUUUGGUCCUCAAGGCGCUUUGGCUCCGGCGUCCUGGACUCCUCCCGAGGUCAUCAGCAGCAUCUGCUGCGGGGACCAGCACACUUUAUUCCUCACCAGAGAUGGAGACGUCUUGUCGUCUGGAGGCAACUCUUUCGAACAGCUGGGUCGACAGAGAGUUAAAGAUGCAAAGAAACCAGACCGUGUGGAGGGUCUAGGUGGAGUGGUGAGUCUGGCUUGCGGAGAAAACCACUGCCUGGCUGUAUGCUCGUCUGGACAGGUGUUCUCCUGGGGGGCAGGAGGGGACGGACAGCUGGGGACCUGCCCCACUUUACCCUCCUGUUGUCAAAGACCGAGGGCGGUGCCGAUACCUCUCCUAACACCGGUGAUUCAAGUCGCUUGUGGAGACUCCCACUCCUUGGCCUUGACUAAAGGGGGACUCGUCUUCUCGUGGGGUCUGAACAGUCACGGCCAGCUGGGUCUGGGGAAGGAGGUGUCCCUGCAGCCCACGCCCGAGCUCGUGCUCUCUCUGACCGGGGUAGCAGUGACCCAGAUUUCAGCCGGAGGGUCCCACACUCUGAUCCUCACACUCCCAGGCCUGGUGUACUGCUGCGGGGCCAAUAAAGCUGGACAGCUGGGGCUCAACAGGGUGGAUGAGAAGGGCAGGUUCAACAUCUGCGUGGUGCCUGCCCUCAGACCUCUGGGAGUCUCCUUCAUAAGCUGUGGAGAGGCGCACUCCGCUGUCCUAACCAAGGAUGGCAAGGUGUUUACUUUUGGAGAGGGACGCCACGGCCAGCUCGGUCACAACUCCACUGAUAAUGAGCUGAAACCUCGGUGGGUCCAGGGCCUGGAUGGAGUCAUCUCACAGGUUGCAUGUGGCAGGCGUCACACCCUGGCUUUGGGCUCCUCAGGCCAGCUGUGGGCUUUUGGCAAUGGGGUCAAAGGUCAGCUUGGGACUGGAGGUUCAGAAAGCAGCUUGACUCCCACGUUGGUGCGGCUUCCAUGGAUCACCGACGCUGCAGCGGCCACACCCAAAAACUUGAAAAUAGCAGCUGGAUGGAACACAAACUUCAUUCACACUGUACCAGAGGAGACUCUGGAGCGAGAGCUGCCAGUGGGGAGGCUGGAUGAGACAAAGCUGCAAAAGUGGCUGGCAAUGGAACAAGGCGAUGCAGAGGCAAAAAGAGAAAUAUUUUUGAUGUUUUCAACAAGUUCAAGCCUCGUUGCCAGUUUCACAAAAGCCAAUGGGGCUCCUUUGGCUGCAGAUGCCCUAACUGUGGACAUCGAGGCUGCUUGCCAAGCUUUUGACCAGUUAGUGGAAAAGCCAUGGAUCAAACAAUCAGUAAACUUCUGCCUCCUAAUCAAUCACCUUUUUGCUUCAAAAAGUGCCAUGAAAUCACCAGAGAUCUUUGUGAUCCUGCCGACCUGCCCCCUCCUCCAAGAGGACAGUCAUGUCAUGAAUGUGGUGCUGCCCCUGGCGGUCUCCAUCAACAAGCUCAGCGAGAAGGCUUUGGCAACAUUAAGAGGCUGGUUGUCCUCCCUGACUCCCUCCAUCAUCAACAAGCACAUCUCAGUGUUCAAAAAGGCCCUGGCGUUCAUGCUGAGGAACGGCCUGUUGAGAACUCACAACCCGGGGGUCCGAUACCUGCUGGAGGUCCUCAAGCUGCUCUACAAAGCAAACAAAGCUAGAAACUCCCAGAAGGUCCCACUGAGUACCUUUUAUGUGGAUGAAAUCAUUGGGAGUGUGGAGCCGUUUGAGGAUGUCACUCUUUGGCAUCAGUUUUCAAAGCUGGAGGAUGAUGAACACACACCUGCCAUCUUCUGCCGCUACCCAUUCCUGUUCAAUCUGUGCUGCAAGAUGUCAAUCUUUAACAUCCAUGCAAACAUUUCAAAGAAUACACACCGUCUUAUUCAUGAGUUAGCUCUGAUGUGGCCUGAUGAGACGCUCAUCAAUGCCACACACACCGACUUGCCCCCCGCCCCGGUCUUCCAGCUGAAGCUCAGACGUCCCCACCUGGUGGAGGACACGUUCAGACAGCUUGCUGCAGCGGACCACUGCGCCUUCCAGAGGGAGCUCUUGGUGCAGUUUGUGGAGGACAUGAAGCUGACGAUCGUCAACAAGAGGGACUUCUUCCUGCACGUGUUCGAGGAGCUGCUGGCUCCUGAGUCACAGAUGUUCAUGUACAAUGAGCAGCAGACGUUGGCCUGGUUCCCUGCAGAGCCCAAAGUGGAGGAGAGGCAGUACUUCCUGUUUGGGGUUUUGUGCGGCAUGGCGCUCUACAACCACAACAUCGUCCACCUGCCCUUCCCGCUCACUCUCUUCAAGAAGCUGGUCAACGUCAAACCGUCGCUGGAUGACAUGAAGGAGUUUGAGCCCGUGGUCGCUGAGAGUUUGCGUUUAAUCUUGGAAGACUACACUUCUAAGGAUUUUGAAAACAUGGACUUGGUUUUCAAGGUGAGCUGGAGCGGUAAAGAUGUAGAACUUGAUCCAAAUGAAAGAGGAAAACCUGUCACAAGCUCCAACAAGAAGGAGUUUGUCAGUGCCUUUGUCAACUACGCCUUCAACAUGUCGGUGGAGAAAGUGUUUGAGGAGUUCAAGAGAGGCUUCUUCAAAGUGUGCAACAUAGAUGUGGUGGAGUUCUUCCAGCCGGAGGAGCUGCGGGGAGUGAUGGUGGGCCAGGAGAACUACGACUGGGACCUGUUCAAGAAGAACACGGAGUAUGAAGGAGAGUACUAUGCCAUGCAUCCUAACAUUGUUACUUUCUGGGAGGUGUUCGAGGAGCUGACAGCAGAUCAAAAGAAAGCUUUCCUGUUGUUCCUCACAGGCUGUGACCGCGUGCCCAUCCUGGGUAUGGACAUGAUCCGCAUGAGAGUCGCCGUCCUGCAAAACGCCACUGAUCACCAUUUCCCAGAAUCCCUCACCUGCCACUCUCUGCUACUGCUGCCCAUCUACCGGAAAUACCCAGUCAAGUGGACACUGAGGGACAAGCUCAUCGAGGCCAUCAAUCACAACAGAGGCUUCUGGAGGGAAUAACACAGACUACGCCUCAGUUUGUCAGGUCAAGUGAGGAGGUUUACGCUUAAAAACAGCUGAUUACUCAAUACUUGUUAAGAAUUAUUAAUUACACCAUCCACUAGUAGAGCUUGUAAUUUAACCUCAGUUCCACUUUGGGGUGUUUUGCAUUAAAAAUCUGCAGAGCAUUGAACUGCUUUUAUAUAAAUCUAGAGAUUAUGUUAUUUUAAUUUGAUAAAUCAAGUCUCGGCUUGGGAUCCAUGCUAACAUUACUCUGUUUAGUCUGAUCAUGUGUGGAGCUAUCACAAAUAGGCCAGCAAAAUUAUUAUGGUAACCCAACACUUUUUACACCUGUUUUGAUGAUACUUGUACAUGUUCAAGCUUGAAUUCAUAUUUGAUGUGAUGUUUUGCACUGUCACAUACUUUAGGAUUUAUGUAGUUGGUGCAGUUAAGAGUUAUUUACAUGCAUAAAGAGUGUACACAGCUGUCAGCUUCUUUUGAAAAUUUUAAUUAUUAGACCUAGUAUUUACCCAUAUUCCUUAUUAUUUAAACAUCAAACACCAAUAUAUAGGGGGUCAGUGUCCAGGACAAUGACUUAUCAUUACGUAUCCAGGUAAGAUGAGUUUCUGUGCCAUAGCCUGUAGUCAGAAUAAAACUGAAAUAAAACAGGGACAUGCUGGUUAUGGAAUCAAAACUCUUUUAAAUCUUGUUUCUCCACUGAUACAAAUAAAUAUAAAGUAAUCACUUGUUAGACCGUAAUUUAGCCACCUCUUCUGAUUCUUAUCUGUUACUGCUGCACCUCUAAGGUCUGAUAAACUCUCCUUUUACCCUUGAUAUCUUGGUGUGCUUAGCAUUAGAUAGCCUACUUAUUCCACUUGUUACACAUUUAUGGGAUAUAAAACUAUACAUGUUCAACAAGCUGUGUGACUGAGUGAU